AUGAAGUUAGAAGUGAAAAUUUUAAUCGCUUUUGGUAUAAUUUUAUUUCUCUGCAGUAAUACUGCACUUGGAUGGCGUUCGUUUAAUGUACUUUUCACUUCAUUUCCGUUUAAAUUCAAUUCAGAUAUGAUUGAUGUGAAAAUUAAAAUUCACAAUAAAACUGACGAAACUACUUUGGAUGUUGUUUUUAAUGUUCUAGAAGAUAUUAAUGACAUACAUCUGAAGUACGCGAUUGCACUUGAAGCAAGCGAAGGAAAUUACACGGCACUCUUAAACCGAUCGGUCAAUAUGUGCAAUUUCUUAAAGCAACGUUCAAUGGAACCCGUGUUACGUGUAAUCUACGAAAAUAUACUGAAAAGUGGUAAUUUCAUCAAAACCUGUCCAAUUAAAAGAGGGAUUUAUUCACUACAUGAAUACCAUGCUGAUGAGGAAAUAUUACCCAGUUAUGUACCCGAGACUAAUUUCAUUGUUGACAUCAAAAUGGAUUUGCCGAAUGGCAAAAUGGUCUUCCAAGGUCGUUUGAAUGGCAAAAUAGAUAAAUCCAAGGGCUUCAAUAACCUUAAAAUGUUUAGUUUAGGUUGAUUUUCAAAUCAUUACAU